AUGAAAUUUCAUUUUUCAUCUAACAAAUUAUUGUUGAUAUCAGGUUUAAUUUUAUUAGUAUUGGUAAUAGGCAUAAAGUUAGAUAUAUUUUUAAGUAGUAAAAGUACCGAAUAUAUAAAAUUCAAUAAUAAUAAUAAUCAUUUUAAAAGAGAUAAAAGAAUUUUAUUACAUAAUGAAAUAAUUGAUACAAAUAAUAAGCCAUCAAUUAAAAAUAAUCAAAUAUUUAUUAAUGAUAAUGAUAAUAAUGAAAAUAUAUCACCAAUUUUAUUAAGAAUAUUGAAUAAUAAUAAUAAUAAUAAUAAUAAUAAUGGUGAUGAUAAAUCAAUUUAUAAAAAGAAUCAUUAUAUAGUUCAAUUUAAAGAUCGUAUAAAUGAUGAAACUAGAGAACAAUUGAAGGAAUUUUUAAUUGGUACUGAUAUUGUAUUGGAUGAGCAACCAUAUCAAUCACAUAUAGUUCACUAUAUACCACAUGAUAGUUUCUUAGUAUUAAUGACUCAAGAACAAAGUGUAUUAUUAUCAAGUAAAGAAUGGGUAUCUUGGAUUGGUGAAUUUGAACCAUCAAAUAAAAUACAUUUAAAUUAUAAUGAAAAAUCAAUUGGAUUACCAGUUUAUAUUAUAUUAAGUGAUUCAACAAAUUCAUUAAUUCAAAGAUGGGAGAAUACAUUAAAUUCAAUUUUAAAAUCAUAUAAUUCAAAAGUUAAAUUAACAUUAAUUAAUCAAAAGAAAUUAAAGUCAAUUGUAUAUUGUAAUGAUGAAUCACCAUCACCGUCAUGUUCGUUAAUUAAUUCAGAAAAGUUAGUUUACCAAUGGAUUUCAGAACAAAGUGAAAGUAAUUUCAUUGAAAGAUCAGAGAAAUUUCAAACUGCAAAUAGAUUAUCACCAAAGGUAGUUUUCGGUACAAAAGAUACAUUGGUUAAUAAUGAUAGGGUUGAUAUUCCAUUGAGAGGUAAAGGUCAGAUAUUGAGUAUUGCUGAUACUGGUUUAGAUGGUAGCCAUUGUUUCUUUUCAGAUUCAAAGUAUCCAAUACCAUUGAAUAGUGUAAAUUUAAAUCAUAGAAAAGUUGUAACUUAUAUUACCACAUCAACAAGCGACGAUAGUGAUAAAGUGGAUGGUCACGGUACACAUAUUUGUGGUUCUGCAGCAGGUACUCCAGAGGAUUCUUCAGUUAAUAUUUCAUCAUUUAGUGGUCUUGCAACUGAUGCAAAGAUUGCAUUCUUUGAUUUGGCAAGUGGUUCAUCAAGUUUGACACCUCCAUCGGAUUUGAAACAAUUAUAUCAACCAUUAUAUGACGCAGGUGCAAGAGUGCAUUGUGAUUCUUGGGGUUCUGUAUCAGUAGAGGGGUAUACAGGUAGUUAUUCAUCAGACACUGCUUCAAUUGAUGAUUUCCUUUUCACUCAUCCAGAUUUCAUCAUUCUUAGAGCUGCUGGUAACAACGAGCAAUACCUAUCACUACUCACUCAAUCCACUGCAAAGAAUGUUAUUACCGUUGGUGCUCAUCAAACAAUUCAUGAAAAUUAUUUAACUGAUGGUCCAAAUUAUAUAAAUUAUCAAUCAUCUGUCGAUAUAAAUCAAGAGUUAAUAUGUGAUUUCGAUAGCAGAUAUUGCAAUUACACAACUGCCCAAUGUUGCUUAGAAUCAAACGCAACCACUGGUUUAGCAAGUUGUUGUCCUACUUUACUUAGAAAAAGUGUAAUUGACGCUGCAAAUACUCAACCAUUAUUAUACAAUGAGAAUAAUAUUUGUUCAUUCUCAUCAAAAGGUCCAACACAUGAUGGUAGAAUGAAACCUGAUUUAGUUGCCCCUGGUGAAUAUAUUACAUCGGCAAGAUCAAAUGGUGCCAAUACAACAGACCAAUGUGGUGAUGGCUCUUUACCAAAUACAAAUGCAUUAUUGGCGAUAUCUGGUACAUCAAUGGCAACCUCAUUUGCAGCAGCAGCAACAACAAUUCUUAGACAAUAUUUAGUUGAUGGUUAUUAUCCAACUGGUUCAAUUGUAGAAUCAAAUAAAUUACAACCAACUGGAUCAUUAUUAAAAGCAUUAAUGAUUAAUAAUGCUCAGUUAUUAAAUGGUACAUUUCAAUUGAUUACAUCAUCAAGUAUUACAUAUCCAUCAAACCAAGUUUUUGAAAAUUUUGCAGGUGCAAGUUUAGUUCAAGGUUGGGGUGCUAUUAGAAUGAGUAAUUGGUUACAUGUUGUCAAUAAUAAUAAUAGUAAUAAUAAUAAUAAAACAUCAGAUGGUAUAACUAAAUUUGUUGGUAUUGGUGGAUUAGAUUUAAGAUUAGUGAAACCAAAUCAAUGGAAAGAAGAAAGUUUAUCAACUGGUCAAAAUACAUCAUAUUGUUUCACAUAUAAACCAUCAUCAUCAAGUAGUAAUAGUGGUAAUAAUAUACCAAGAGUUGUUGCAACAUUAGUUUGGACAGAUCCACCAUCAUAUGCAGGUGCAAAAUUUAAUUUAGUAAAUAAUUUAGAUUUAACAAUGAUUUAUUAUCGUGAUAAUGGUUCAACUAUAUUUUAUUCUAAUCAAGGUGGUUCAUCAUUUUUAGGAUUAGCACCAACUCAAGAUACAUUGAAUAAUGUUGAAGGUAUAGUUCAUAAUCCAACGGAACCAAUGACUUAUAGAUUCAUGGUAGCGGGUACAAACGUACCAAUGGGACCACAGAAUUUCUCAUUCGUAUUUCAUGGUGAAAAUGGUGAGUUUGAAUGGGCUGAUAAAUGUCCACAAUGCAGUCCAGGUCAAGUAUUAGCAUGUCCAGUUGAAAAUGGUAUUGGUACUCAACUUUGUACAAGUGAUUUACAAUGGUCAAGUUGUUUAAUUCAGUCAUGUGAUAAUAAUUAUAAUUAUAAUUCAAUUAAAAAAAGAUGUGAUAAAUUCUUAUCAUACAACUAUAUCAUUAUGAUUGUUGCAGGUGGUACAAUGCUAUUGAUUAUCUUUAUUUUGUUACUCAUUAAAUAUCAAGAAUAUAAAGAGAGUAAAAAAGAUAGUUUCCGUAGAUUCGACGAUGGUACAGGUAUUUUCGUUAGACCAAAGGAUAAAGACGCAAAAGUUUCAUUGGCUGACCUUUAUAAUUUAAUUUCACCAUUCAUUAUUGAAUUGGCGAUUUCAACAGCAUGUUCAUUGGUUUCAACAGCAGCAAGUAUCCUACAGCCAUUCUAUAUUGGUCAAAUUAUUAAUGAUAUACCAACUGCAAAACAUAUUGGUGAUUUCAAGAGUCAAUUCAUUUUAAUCUUCAUAUUGGCAGUUAUAGAAUUUGUUUUCUCAACAAUCAGUUCAUGGAUAUCUGGUAUUGUAAAUGAAAAGAUGGUAAUGAGAUUACAAAAUAAAGUAUUCCGUGCAUUGAUUGCUCAAGAUAUGGGUUUUUUCCAAAAGAAUAAUGCUGCAAUUUUAAUGAAUGUUUUAAUUUCUGAUACUCCAAUGUUAAGAUCGGCACUCACUGGUAUAUUAUUAUCAAUUGCAACUGGUUUAUGUAAAUUUGUUGGUAGUUUAGUAUUCAUUUUCACAAUUUCAUGGAAACUUUCAUUGGUAUUCUUUGCAACCGUACCAGUAUUGGCAUUUAUCACUCAAAUCCAAUCACAAUUCACUAAAAGAUUAACUAGAGCAUUAUUAUUCUACAAUUCAAAAGCAUCACAACAUGGUCAAGAAUCAAUGGUUAAUAUGCAUGUAGUUACUAAUUAUUGUAGACAAGAUAAAGAAAUCAUUAAAUAUACUGAUAAUUUAAAUAAUGUUUUCCAAACCGCUAGAAGAUUAAUCAUUAAUAAUACUUUGGCCUCUUCAAUUAAAUGGUUAAUGGUUGAAUCAUUGGCUUUCAUUAUUCUUUACUAUGGUGCUUAUCUUGCAAUUCAAAAGCAAUUCACUGUUGGUCUUUUAAUUUCUUUCUGUUUAUACAUUGGUUAUGUUAUUGAUUCAACAACAACAUUAUUUGGUGUUUAUGUAAGUUAUGUUCAAUCUCAAGCUUCUGCAACUAGAGUUUUCAUGAUUUUAAGAUCUGCACCAAGAAAAAGAACAACUUUAGAAGAAGAAGAAGCUGAUAGAAAUAAUGGUUUAGGUGGUGGUGGUGGUAAUAAUAAUAACAAUGACGAUGAUGAUGAUGAUGAUAAUUAUAAUGGUAAAGGUAAUGAUAAUGGUAAAGGUAGUGAUGAUCCAAAUAAUAAUAAUAAUAAUACAACAUUAGAAAAUAUUGAUGAUAAUGGUGAAUUAACAACAGUGCAACCAGUUGAAUUAACAAAAAAACAAUUAAAGAAACAAAAAGAAAAAGAACAAAAAGAAUAUUUCAAGAGAACUGGUAUUUCAGUUGUUGAAAUGUCAUUAAUUCCAUCAAGUUAUAUUGAAUUAACAGAUUGUAAAGGUGAAAUUGAAUUUAAGAAUGUAUCAUUCCGUUAUCCAACUAGACCAGAUGUACAAGUUUUACAUAAUAUCAAUAUGAAAUUUGAAACUGGUAAAUGUUAUGGUUUGGUUGGUCCUUCAGGUAGUGGUAAAUCAACAUUGUUGGAAUUGAUUUCAAAAUUCUAUCCACUUCGUGAUGGUGGAAAUAUCAUAAUGGAUGAUAUUGAUAUUGCAAAUAUUAGACCAAACAAUCUUAGAGGUUUCGUUACAUGUGUUCAUCAAAAUCCUUACUUAUUCGAUGCUUCAAUUAAAGAUAACAUUGGCUACGCAUUGGAUAAUCCAACUAUUGAAGAGGUUAUUGAAGCUGCCAAAUUGGCAUAUGCUCACGAAUUCAUUAAAGAUUUACCACAACAAUAUGAUACCGUCUUAGGUUCAGCUGGUAGUUUGUUAUCAGGUGGUCAAAAGAAAAGAAUUGCAAUUGCUCGUGCAAUUUGUGCAAAGAGAAAGAUUAUGUUAUUGGAUGAAAUCACUGCUGAAUUAGAUCCAGAAUCCGAAGAAGCCAUUACUCAAAGUAUUAAAGUUUUAACUCAAGGUCAUACCGUUGUAAUGGUAGCUCAUAAAGUUGCUGCUGUCCGUGAUUGUGAUAAAAUCUUUGUUUUAGAUAAAGGUUAUUUAGUUGAAGAGGGUACUCAUGAUGAACUCAUGGAAAGAAAAGGAAAAUAUCAUAGAAUGUUUAAUAAUGAAAAAGAUGAGGAAGAAUUAUUAAAUAAUUUAGGUUUACCAUCUAAUAAUGAAACUAAUAAUGAAAAUAAUAAUGAAAAUAAUAAUAAUAAUAACAAUAAUAAUAAUAAUAAUAAUAAUAAUAACGAUGAUAAUAAUAAUCAAGUUGUUGGGGAACAAGUUUAA